AUGAUAUUCAAACACUUGCCCCGGUUUUUCCCAACAACUUGCAUUCGGUUCUAUGCAACGGCCGAAAAGAGUGCCCUCGCUACCUUACGCAAAAAGACCGGCUACACCUUUGCCAACUGCAAGAAGGCACUCGAGCUACACAACAACGAUCUGGCAAAGGCGGAACUGUGGCUUAAGGAGCAGGCUCAAGCGAUGGGUUGGUCGAAAGCGACAAAGCUCGAAGGACGCAACACGGCCCAAGGACUGAUCGGAGUGUUGGUACAGCGGAACGUCGGUGCCAUGGUCGAGGUAAACUGUGAGACGGAUUUCGUCGCAAGAAAUGCCAGCUUUCAACGCUUCGUACAAAUAGCGUCCGCUGCCUGCGUUCGACAUUUGGACCAUGUUGAGGCGGAUGCCAACCUGACCAAGGUAGGACUAAACAGUGAGGCGCUGAAGCAGAUCGUACUGGAGGAUGGCAAAUCGUUGGGCGAUCAUCUUGCGCUGAUGAUCGGUACGGUCGGUGAAAAUGCUUCGCUAAACCGGGCCAUAUGUUAUAAAGCCCCCGACAGCAUACAAUUAACGGGUUACGUCCAUCCCGCCCCUAGCGAGGAGAUCCCGCAAGAUGUGCCACUGCUUGGAAAGUAUGGAAGCUUGGUAGCAUUUAAAUCAGACCAUUCCACGGUACAGGAAGUCGAAGGCGAUGAACUGAGCCCGGCCCAGGUCGCUAGAAAGGUGUGCCAGCACAUUGUGGGAAUGAAGCCGGAGCGUAUCGGUGAACCGGGCAAGGAUGAACCGGCAGCCGAUAAGGACGAUGAAACGUGUCUGAUUCACCAAGAGUAUCUGGUCGAUCCGACUUAUACCGUCGGGGAAGUGCUCGAAGCCAAUCGUUUGCAUAUUGUCGAUUUCCAGCGCUUCGAAUGUGGUGAUAAAAGUAAGUCCGAAGAACAAAACGUUCGCGCCGCUACGAACUAA